UUGACGUCACCAAAAUGCGACAGACGUAAAAUAACACGAGGAGGAUUUUCUGGGAUUUCAGAGGAUAAUUUUGAACACGUUGGCUCACAAAACCAAGUAUAAUAUAUACUUUUCAAUCUGGACUUUUGGAGAACUGCAAAAUGUCUGAUUUUUCAUCUCUCGGUCUGUCAGAUUGGCUGAUUCAACAAUGUAAACAAAUGGGGAUCAGUAAACCAACUCAAGUCCAGGAAAACUGUAUGCCACCGAUUCUGGAAGAUAUGAUUUUGCCCCUCUGUUGUCUAGGUCGGGAUUGUAUGGGUUGUGCCAAGACUGGCAGUGGAAAGACAGCUGCCUUUGUGCUACCAGUGCUACAGAAAUUAUCUGAGGACCCAUAUGGAAUCUUCUGUUUAGUUCUCACACCUACCAGGGAAUUGGCUUACCAGAUUGCCGAACAGUUUAGAGUCCUGGGAAAACCAAUGGGCUUGCGGGACUGCAUCAUUGUUGGUGGAAUGGAUAUGAUCACACAGGCCUUGGAGCUCUCUAAGAAGCCCCACGUCGUUGUAGCCACUCCAGGAAGACUGGCAGACCACAUUCGGAGCUCCGACACAUUCAGCAUCAAGAAGAUCCAGUUUCUGAUCCUUGAUGAGGCCGACCGCCUGCUUGAGCAAGGCUGCACAGACUUCACCAAAGACUUGGAGGUGAUCCUGGCCGCGGUGCCUGUCAAACGCCAGACGCUGCUGUUCAGUGCCACCCUCACAGACACACUACAGGAACUCAAGGGCAUCGCCAUGAACAAGCCCUUCUUCUGGGAAAGCAAGUCCGAGGUCCGCACGGUAGAGGAGUUGGAUCAAAGGUACAUCCUGACACCAGAGAAAGUGAAAGAUGCCUACCUAGUGCACCUGAUCCAGAAGUUUCAAGAUGAGCACGACGACUGGUCGAUCAUGAUCUUCACCAACACCUGCAAGAAUUGCCAAAUCCUCACAAUGAUGAUGCAGAAAUUCAACUUUCCAACCAUCUCCUUGCAUUCAAUGAUGAAGCAGAAACAACGUUUCGCCAACCUCGCAAAGUUCAAGUCCAGUGUCUUUAAAAUCCUGAUUGCAACUGAUGUGGCUUCCAGAGGUCUGGAUAUUCCAACAGUCCAGGUUGUCAUCAACCACAACACGCCAGGUCUGCCCAAGAUCUACAUUCACAGAGUUGGCCGAACUGCCAGAGCAGGAAGGCAUGGUGUCUCGAUCACACUGGUGACACAGUAUGACAUCCACUURGUUCAUUCCAUCGAGGGGCAGAUCCAGGCCAAACUGAAGGAAUAUCCAGUGGAGGAGAAAGAGGUUCUGAAUAUCCUCACUCAAGUCAACGUGGCCAGACGGGAGUGUGAAAUUAAACUUGAGUCAACAGAUUUUGAUGAGAAAAAGGAGAUCAACAAGAGAAAACAGAUGAUUCUGGAGGGGAAAGAUCCAGACGUGGAGGCAAAGAGAAAGGCUGAACUGAAGAAGAUAAGGAGUGAGAAGAAGUUGUUCAAGGAGAGGAUACAGGAAACCAUUCAGAAGAAACAACAUGGGAUGCAGAAGAAACUGAUGAAGCAAAAACACAUUCAAAAGAAAAAGGCAGUCCACAUGAAGUCCACAUGAAUCAACACUGUACAUUUAUGAAUUGUGUAUUUAACAAGGCCAGUUGCCCAUUAUUGUGCAACAUGUUUUMUAAUCUGUACGUUUCCAAAUAAAUGGCAGUGCAUCAACA